GGCUCUCCCUCCCACAGGUGCAGUCACUUACCGUUCUACAAUGCAGAAUCUACAUCAUCGCCAACGCCCAAUGAGCGAUAACGCUGAGUUGCUUAGCAACAGAACCCAUACAAAAAAAGCGGAAGCGGACGUGGACGCGCUACUUGUAUCUGCGUUUACCUGGCAAGUCAAGCUUUUCGGAUCGCUUGCUGACAGUAGUUUUCCAGUUCAGUGUUUUCUUGUUACAGCUGUCCGUGUGAUGGCUAAAAUCGUGAUGUGUGAGACGCUUGAGCUCUACAAUAUCCUCAAUCAGUGCCGACGUGUGCCCAGACUCGCAGAGAUCAACUACCUGUGUUUGAUUGAUGCUAAUGAAGUCGAAGAUUACUACAGGAGUCACAUCAUAACUGCUAAAAAUGCUAAAAUGGACUCAGAGGGGACAUUCCUUCUUCCAGAGUUUGUGGAGGUUGAAAGUAUGCAGCAUGUGGUGGUCUACGACAACAACACAAGCUCUUUACAGGAGCAAGGCAGAGCAACUUCAUGUGCCCAAGUGUUCGCUAAGGCUAGCCUCAAUCCAGUCAAGAUAUUGAGAGGAGGCUUUCAGAGAUUCUCAGCUCAAUACCCUUUUUUGAGGACUGAGAAAAUCCUGAACACCAUCAUGGAGCUGGAAAGCCUUAAGAUUUACCCAGUGGAGAUCUUAGCAGGACUGCUGUACAUGGGUGAUGAGAAGCAAUCCUUGGACUCCACUCUUCUCAAAGACCUGAAAAUCGGCGCUAUCGUCAGCAUCUCAGAGAGUAACACACUCGAGUUCAUGAAGGAGAUCCAUGCCUUGCUUAUCACCCCUGUGGCUGACUCAGUGCGGUCUGAUUUAUAUUCAAGCUUUGAAAGGAUCUGCAAUUUUGUUAGUUCCCACAUCAACAUGGGCUCUCGUGUCCUGAUAGUUUCCAAGCAAGGCAGAAGCCGCGCCAGCGCAGUGGCCAUUGCAUUUCUCAUCCAUUACCUCAAAUACACACUAAAGGAGGCCUGGACGCAUAUGCUCAAAUGUAAACCCAUCAUGAGGCCAAACACAGGUUUUCUGCAGCAGUUGUCCAACUGGGAGCUUCACACUUUGGGAACAACAACGACUGAUUUUGUCUCAAUCACAUUUUUAACAAAAGAAUUUUUUUUAGUCAUCUGAACUCUGGAUUCUGUAUAUGUGGCCCAUGUAACAUUUAAAAUAUUUGAUAUACCUACAUUGACUGCAUGCAAGUCUCUAACUUCACAGAACCUUGGUUUUUAAUCCAUCCAUGCUUUUCCGCUUAUCUGCGGAGAGGUCGUGGGUGCAGCAGACUAAGCAGAGAGGCCCAGACCUCCCUCUCCCUGGCCAGCUUGUCUAGGGAAACACAAAAGUGUUCCUAGGGCAACCAAGAGGUAUAAUUUCUCCCGCAUGUCAUGGGUCUGCCCCAGGGCCGCCUCCUGGUGGGACAUGCCCAGAACACCUCACCCAGGAGGCGCUCAGAAGGAAUCCUUGUCAGAUGCCCAAACCACCUCAACUGCAAUGCACAGGCAGCAAGCGGAGGGGGAUACUAAGAUACCUAUCCCAGUCCACCACCUCUCAUCAAAGCAAACUUCAGACUGGAACAGAGUCAAGACCCUCUCCAGGAGACUGGUUCCAGAGCCCAAGCUGUGCGUUGAGGUCAGCCUGACUAUAUCUAACCAGUACCUCUCAACUUCACGCACUAGCUCAGCCUCCUUCACCACCAGAGAGGUGACGUUCCAUAUCCCAAUUGCUCGGUAGCCCGGUGAUUGUUCUGUCAGGGUCUCCGCCCCUGCACACACUGCACCCUACCCCAUAGCGCCUCCUGUAGGUGGUGUCCCCUCUUUGGGCUGUACCACUACCACCACUACCAUUACCACCGGGGCUGGCUCCAGGGCAGGGCCCCAGUAACCCUGUAACUCUAUCCUGGGCAGGGUGAACUGUUCCCUAGAUUUCACACUCACAGGGGUUUUUCAAUCGCUCUUUGUCUGGUCACUCACCCAGGACCACUUUGCCAUGGUAAACCCUACCAGGGGGCAAAAGCCCCCUGACAACAUAGCCCCCGGGAUCCCUUGGACACAAAAACCCCUCUACCAAAAUAAGGCAGCAAUUCACGGAGGGGACAAGGGAAUUGUAUUUUAAUUAAGAUACAGAUUAGGUUCAUUCAGUAUUAGUUCAUUUAAUAUUGGAUUGAACUGUUUAAAUAAAUACACUGAGAUUUAUUGGAAAUGUUGAAAGUAUUGAAAUGUCCAGUGACUUUAAGUGGAAAUUUGAUCCAAAGCAAUGAAAUCUCCAAACAUUCCCUUUCAUCACAAAAUUUUGGGUGUAAUUUAAAGGAUCAAUUUCAAGUAAAAAUG